UGUAGAUAAGAGUGUGAAUAAUAAGUUGAUGUGGCUUAUUCUGAUUGGUUGAUAUUUAAAUCUAGAAGAAUAAUUUACCUAAAAAAAACCAAAUAAAAUUUGUCUCUUCAGUUUUAUCACUAGCCUAGUGCUCCACCAUUAGACAAAGACAUUAUAGAUCUAAGAAAAUGUCAAUAUAAUGGAUGAUGAUUAUGAGAAAAACUUACACGUUUAAGAGGCCCGAAGUUGCUAUCUAACAGUUGUAGCCAUGGCCGCUUUGAUAAUGCAGUUUGAAGGAGAGAAGAAAAACUUAUCCGAAGUUGCAGACGUAACCCUCAAGCAAGAUCAAGAUGAACAACAACGUCGAUCUUAUUCGACGUCGUUUAGGGAAGAGAGGGACACUUUCGGGCCGAUUCAAGUUCCUUCCGAUAAAUUAUGGGGAGCACAGACGCAGAGAUCGCUUCAGAACUUCAAGAUUGGUGGUGACCGCGAGCGAAUGCCCGAACCAAUCGUCCGAGCUUUUGGUGUCUUGAAGAAAUGUGCUGCCAAGGUUAACAUGGAGUAUGGUCUUGAUCCAAUGAUUGGGGAAGCUAUAAUGGAAGCUGCACAAGAAGUAGCAGAAGGAAAGCUCAAUGAUCAUUUUCCUCUUGUUGUAUGGCAAACUGGUAGUGGCACUCAGAGUAAUAUGAAUGCUAAUGAGGUUAUUGCUAAUAGAGCAGCUGAGAUUCUUGGUCACAAACGUGGGGAAAAAAUUGUGCACCCAAAUGACCAUGUGAAUAGAUCACAAUCUUCUAAUGACACUUUUCCGACUGUCAUGCACAUUGCAGUUGCAACCGAGAUUACUUCAAGGCUGAUCCCUAGUUUGAAAAAUUUGCAUAGCUCUUUGGAGUCUAAGUCCUUCGAGUUCAAAGACAUUGUGAAAAUUGGAAGAACUCACACUCAAGAUGCUACACCUUUGACGCUAGGACAAGAAUUUGGCGGCUAUGCUACUCAAGUUAAGUAUGGACUUAGUAGAGUCGCAUGUACUCUACCUCGCAUCUAUCAGCUUGCACAAGGUGGAACCGCUGUUGGGACCGGAUUAAACACUAAGAAAGGGUUUGAUGUAAAGAUAGCUGCUGCAGUAGCCGAAGAAACAAACUUGCCAUUCGUCACUGCAGAAAACAAGUUUGAAGCUUUGGCUGCACACGAUGCUUGUGUUGAAACAAGUGGAUCUCUUAAUACAAUCGCCACAUCGUUGAUGAAAAUCGCUAAUGAUAUACGUUUUCUUGGAAGUGGUCCAAGAUGCGGUCUUGGUGAACUUUCUCUGCCUGAAAAUGAACCAGGAAGCAGUAUCAUGCCUGGAAAGGUAAAUCCUACACAGUGUGAGGCAUUGACUAUGGUUUGUGCUCAAGCUAUGGGAAACCAUGUAGCUGUGACAAUUGGUGGGUCAAAUGGUCAUUUUGAAUUGAAUGUAUUCAAACCGGUUAUCGCAAGCGCUCUGUUACAUUCCAUUAGAUUAAUAGCAGAUGCUUCAGCUUCAUUUGACAAAAACUGUGUGAGAGGCAGUGAGGCUAACAGAGAGAGGAUCUCAAAGCUAUUGCAUGAGUCUCUUAUGCUUGUGACAUCAUUGAAUCCUAAAAUCGGCUAUGACAAUGCUGCAGCAGUUGCCAAGAAAGCUCACAAAGAAGGAUGCACAUUAAAGCACGCAGCUAUGAAGUUAGGUGUUCUUACUUCGGAAGAGUUUGAUACUCUUGUUGUUCCUGAGAAGAUGAUUGGUCCCUCUGAUUAAAUUAUAAUGGAGCCAAAAGCUUCAAAUACAAAGUGGAUGUGUGGUUUUUUUUUUUGGAUCAAGUUGUGUUUACUCUUUUGUAAUAAAAUGCUGCAUAUGUAUGCUUGUGUUCAAAUUUUUGGAUAUGUUUUAGAGUCAUGUGGUUAUAGUAUUCUAAGUAAUUUAUCAAAAAGUUUGUAAUAUAUACUUAAGUUCAAUGAAAUAAAUUUGUAUGUGAAAAUGUUUAAUA